AUGGGCGGGGCAAACUACACUCAAAACAAGAGUAAUGUCCCUUGCAUUGUUUCAAUAUGGACGUGCGCGAUAAGAGGUAUGGUUUGAUCAUUCCACAAAGACCGAAGUCUAUUUCCCUUAAGAAGCCUGCUGUUCGAAAUGUGUUUGGAGAUGACAGUGACGAGGAAGCUUCCAAGCUUCAAACAAACUCAACUAUGCAGUUGAAAAUUAACCAAACAAAAGUGAAAAAACAGACCCAAAUGGAAAUUGACAAGGCUCUUUCUGAAGAUCCAAAUGUGUAUGAAUAUGACAGUAUUUAUGACAACAUAGUUGCUAGCAAAUCAGCAGCAUGUGUGAAGAACACAACACCAGCAAAUGAGAAAAAGCCAAAGUACAUAACAGGUCUUUUAAAAGCUGCAGAGGUAAGGAAGAGAGAAGAAGAGAAGCGGAUGGAGAGAAAGGUUCAGAAAGAAAGAGAAGAAGAAGGAGAUAAAUAUGAUGACAAAGAGGCAUUUGUAACAUCAGCAUACAAGAAGAAGAUGUUGGAAAUGCAGGAACAAGAGGAAAAAGAAAGACAAGUAGCAGCAAUGGAAGAAAUGCUUGAUGUGACAAAACAGAAAGAUAUGAGUGGCUUCUACCGGUAUCUCUACAGGGAAACGACUGGUUCUGUCACCAUAAAGGAAACUCAUCCUGAUGAGAGCGAUAAGGAUGUGAAGAAGGAGCCAGCAGCUGAUUGUGAACCUAAUAGGGGAGACAGCGAUAGUUCGGAGUCAGAGUGUGAUCGCAGAUCUCCACAAAAUCAAAAAGCUCAGUCAAAUUUAAAUCAUAGAGAAGGUAAGAGACGUGAACAUUCAAGGUCAGAGGAACGUGAAAUUAUAGAUACAACACAAAGAUCAAGAUCUAGAGAACGAAGGAAAAGGUCAAGAUCUGUAGAAAAGAGAAGCCGGUCACGGUCUUUGAACAAGAAGUCAGAGGAAAGAAGACAAAGGUCACGAUCAUUAGAAAGAAGCAAACAUUCUAGAUCAUCAGGCCAAAGAAAACUUUCAUCGUCUCAAGAAAGAAAUAGCAAAAAUAGAGGAAAACUGUCAGCAGAUGGAAGAAACAGGUCACGGUCUACAGAAAGAAGAAAGAGAAAACACAGGUCACGGUCAGUGGAGAGAAAACACAGGUCAAGGUCGGUGGAGAGAAAACACAGGUCAAGAUCGGUGGAGAGAAAACACAGGUUAAGAUCAAGAGACAGACACUCUAGUGACGUUAUCAACAUAACAAGUGACAGAAGUUUUGACCAAACAGCUGUGUCUGAUAACAUAGAUAAAAACAUCAAAGACAGUAACACCGAAAGUUCUGCUGUGAACACAGAAAACAAUUUAAAUACUAAAGAGACAGAUGAUGCUCAAGCAUCCGAUAAUAAACACAGGGUAGAUGUUAAGAGUAAAUAUACUCGGAGAACAACAGAUUCAGCUGUAGAAGAAGCAAAGAAGCGGUAUUUGGCUAGGAAAUUGGAGAAACUUCAAUCCAGACCAGUUGAAGAGGGUUAAUUUUAACAACACGUGUUAAAUUUCCCUCAUUCAUCUCUUUUAGCACUAAUCUGUAGUUUUGUAAAUGCCGUUUGACAUGAGUGAGACUUAGGAAAACCUGACUGCUCUUUGUGAAGAAGAUUGUUAUCAUUCAAAUAGGAAUAUAUCAGAUUAGCCACAUGUUUUUAGUGAUCUUUGAGUGUUGGUAAAAUGGAUAUGGGUCUAUAAUUUCCAGGAUCUUCCUUUGCACAAUUUUUUAAAAUAGGUAAAUGUUUCCUUUGCACAUUUAAAUGUAUGAGGGUAAUGAUUUGUUUUGACACUUGGGUUGAUGAUAUGCAUUAUUGACUCAGUAAUUUUGCUGCAGAGAGUUUCAUGGUCUUUGGUCUGAUAUUAUCAAUCUGCAGAUUUAUUCACAUUCGUGUUUGGAGUAGUUUCUCUUAAAUGGUCAUUAAUGCUAUUAGGAUUACAGUUUGAAAUAUUUUUAAGUAGCUUAUCAGGUAACUCACUGAAGUAUAAUAUUUCAGUUGAAUAGAUUAGCAAUUUCACUUGGUGGUGAUGCUGAGGUACGCUCAUUUAGAUAUUUUUCAAAUAUAACCUGUGGCCUGAUUUUCUCCAAUGGCCUUGUUUGUAGUAACUUUCCUUUGCUUUCUUUAUUAAACAGGUAACUUUGUUUCUCCAAAGUUUAUAUUUCUCCCAGACUUUUUGUUUGUGAAAUGUGUCACACGAAUGUCAAGCUUUAAUUUCUGGAGUUAACCAGCAAGGUUUGAACGGUUGCUUUACUCGUUUAGUUUUCAUUGGUGUUUGGUUAUAAAGGAUCUAGGUAAAAAGUUUGUUAUUAUCCACAUGGUUCAACAUAACCAAGUUAAUAAUAAUCAUAUGAAGCACACAUGUAAUAACAAGGGUGAUGAUGUAAUUUUGGAAAGCGAUGUCAUAACAUGACAUUGUUUUCUCCAGUCCCAAUUCAGACUUUGCAUGUGAAAUAUGUCAUUUCGUCGUCUCCUAGUUGUGGUUGAAACAUUUUGAAACGGUCCUUGUAAUUCAUAAACAUUAACUAAUAAUAUGGAUAAUAAAGAAAUUAUUACACUCGAGUAUGUGUCGUACUGAUUUUUACGAAACGUGUGUCAGGACACAAGCUCAUAUAAUAAUCUCUAUACAUUUUCCAAUAGUGCUCAGUAUUACAUACUGUUUUAUUUUAUUAUUAUUAUUUUUUUUAUUAUAAAGUUUAUUAACCUCAGAAAUAAGUUUGGUUGUUUGAGGGUUGGGGGACCCUGAUAUCACUACCUUACAGUCAUGUUAUAGGUUAGAAAUUGUACAUAAUAUAUCAACUGAAAAUAUAUAGGUGUAUACAGUACAUUACACUAGUAAUAUGAAUAUUCGUACAUGAAAAAUAAGCAUUUCUGGUUUUAACAGGUUUUAAAUUUCAAAAUAGAGAAUAGUACACUUUGUGUUAUUAAUCUGUGCCUAUGGGGAUAAUAUUAAAUGGUAUAAUCUAACAAAAGAAAAGAAGAAUGAACUUGAUGUAAAGAAAAAAUUAGGAAAGUUUUUUUUCUAAGAAAUCCAUUUCCAAAACAAGCUACGGUAGUUGUUUUCACUAUUUUUUCAUUUGCUGUUUAUUUAUUUUUUAGUUCAUUCUGUAAAUCACUUACAAAAACAUUUUCCCUGAAGUUUUUGAAAUCUCUGUAUGUUAUUGUAAUAUGAUUGGAUGUUUUUGAACACUGUAUUGUUCUUCUAGUUGCACAAACAGGGUAAUGGUCACUAAUGGCAUAUAUAGGUACUGGAGUUGCAUAGAUCUGUUCUGGCUUGUUUGUAUACAUGGGAUCUAUUAAUGUUUCUAAGUCAGCUGUGAUUUUCGUGGCUCUGGUGAUGAUAACAUAUUACAAUUUUGCUAUUCUCGAGUUAAUUAUGCAAACUUUUAUGCAUGUAAUUGAGAUUGAUUAAUCAGGCCCAUUUUUUGGAAGCAGAGGUGGUCUGUGUCCCCCACGUUUUUGUACCUACUCUAUAUAAAUAAAGAUAAACAUGUGGCCCUCCA